UGCACCUCCCCCGGAAACGCCGGUAAUGCUGGAGUCUCAAUGGGAAUUUACGUGGCUCUUGGCCUGGCAUCCGGGGUCGCCAUCUCCUACCCGCUUACCUCUAUCUUAUGAUCCUUUACGCCUUUUUAUUUUAGUCUAA